AUGGAUAAUCCACCUCCAAAAAUUGUUCAAGGUUACAAAUUUAAUAUUUUUUAUCCUGAUCUUUUGGAUCCCUCGGAAACACCCUCCUUCACUGUCACUCCCUGUGAUGAUCCAGAUUUCGCAGUCAUCAGGUUUAAGGCUGGUCCUCCGUAUGAAGACAUCGCAUUCAAGUGCGUUAAUCGUGAAUGGGAAGUCAGCCAUAAACACGGCUACAAAUGCCAGUUCCAGAAUGGUAUGACACUGAGAGAUAGCUUCUUACGGUUAAUGUUUACCGUAAAUGGUGUUGGAUUUAUCUUUGUUGCUGCAGUGCUAUUUGUGCUUGAUGCCAUCGGAACAUUCCUCAUCAUAAAAAAUGUUCCAUACACCGAAAUUGAUUGGUCAACGUACAUGCAGCAAGUUGAGUGUUACAUGAAGAAAGGUGUUCGGAACUAUUCGCUGAUAGAAGGCGACACUGGACCUGUGGUGUACCCUGCUGGUCAUCUACUAGUCUAUAGCGUUUUUCAUACACUCACAAACGGCGGAAAGGAUAUUCGAACAGGACAGUUUUUGUUUAUGGGCCUCUAU